CCGAAGUGCGCCGUGGCCACCUUGUAGAAGUGGAGACUGCGAAUUACGAUAAAGCGGAGGCUGUUCCUAACCGAAAAGAAAACUUGGCGACGCUAAGGGUGGCUGCAACAGCUGCAGAGCGGAGAAAAGCGGAACAGGGAGUAGAGGCGGCAAGACAAACGGCCGAAUUAGAAAAAAGGAUUGCGAGAGAGCAGCGUCGCGCCGCCGAGCAAGCAAGACCAUUACGGAGCACGGCCGCACCUGCAUCCCCUGCUCCGAGUUCUGCAAAAGGGACGAUGAUUGGUGAAAACCCGCAUUCCUCGACAGUCUCACAGCAAGAUAACUUCGCGCCGACCCGACGCACAUCAAAACAGAAAGUACGAUACGCUGACGAGGCUGACAGCGGGGACAAAGUACAUCUUAAGUACUUAGCUUGUAGCGAUAACAUUUUUUGGUUCGGGUAUUCUGAAUCUUCAGAUCGAGUUGAACGAUUAGUUGUUGAUCGGAUUCUGAAAGAACUUCUCGUUUUUACAGAUCCUAUUUGAUCUUGUUGAACUCUUAGUACAUGAGCAUAAGGGCGCGCAGCUGCACAUUCUGCAUGAUUAGUAGUUUCCUCCUCAUUCUUUCAGGGCUCGCCUGCGCAGGUCUUGCAAAUAUCUGCGAAUCUUGGUGUGAAAGCAAAUAAUGCUCCGGC